UUGUUUUUAUUUUCCUCGUAUAUCAUUAUCUCUGGCAUCAAAUCGUUCUUCCAUCUUCCUUCUUCCCCCGAUUUCUAGGUUUUUCCCAUAUCUUGAUUUCUAGGGUUUUCUAUUUCUAAUUUUUGUCCCCAUCUAGAUUUCUAGGGCUGUUUUUGGUUUCUGGGUUUUCCCCUCGAUUUCUAGGGUUUCUUUCAUCUCCCUAUCAAGAUCUAGGUUUUAUUUUUCUUUUUAAUUGCUUUCUGGUCUGCGAGGCAUAGAUCUUUGGAAAACCUCGCAGAGAUGCCUCCUCGAACGGUGAAGAAGGCAGCCGGUGCGGCGGGGCCGAAGAAAAACCCCGCUAGGACGGCGAAAUCUACGCCAAAGAAGAAAUCUGCGCCCCAAGUUCCAGAGGAGCCGACGAAGACCGAAGAGGUUUCGGUUUUCGUCGAGGAAGUGAAAGAAGAGAUAAAGGUUGAAGAGGCUAAGGUGGAAGAGGUUGUUGAAGAAGAGCCACCUGUGGAGAAGCCAUCAGUACCCGAACCGGAGGUGAAAGCUGAGGCAAACGGCUUACUGGCGGCGAAAGAAGAAGAGGAUGUGAAAGGGGCUUUUGAUGAGGAUGAUAAAGGCGAACGGUUAGAUCUGGAGGAUAAUGAACCAGAAUAUGAGCCGGAAGAAGACCCUGGGGUGGAAUAUGAGGAAGUUGAGCAUGAGGAUGGUCAAGAUGAUGGAGAUGACAUUGAGGUAGAGGGUGAGCAGGGUGAUGCAGGUGAAGAAGACGAGGGCAAUAUGGCUGAAGAGGAAUUUGAAGAUGGUGGUGAAGGAGAAGAAGAUGGUGAGAAUGAUGAAGAGGAACAUGAAGAUAUUGUUGAGGAAGAGGAGCACCAUGAAGUUGCCAAGGAGAGGCGUAAACGCAAGGAGUAUGAAGUAUUUGUUGGUGGGUUGGACAAGGAUGCAACUGAAGCAGAUUUGAAUAAAGUCUUUAGCGUUGUUGGUGAAAUUACUGAGGUUAGACUGAUGAUGAAUCCCCAGACGAAGAAAAACAAGGGCUUUGCGUUCUUGCGUUUUGCAACUGUAGAACAAGCAAAACGAGCUGUUUCAGAGCUUAAGAGCCCAAUGGUGAAUGGGAAACAGUGUGGUGUUGCCCCAAGUCAAGAUAAUGACACACUUUUUUUGGGAAACAUAUGCAAGACAUGGACUAAGGAAGCUUUGAAAGAAAAGUUGAAACAUUAUGGAAUCGAGAAUGUUGAGGAUUUGAAUUUAGUUGAAGAUACUAUCAAUGAGGGAAUGAAUCGUGGGUUUGCUUUCUUGGAAUUUCCAUCCCGUUCAGAUGCAAUGGAUGCUUACAAACGCCUCCAGAAGAGGGAUAUUGUGUUUGGAGUUGAUAGGACUGCGAAAGUUGCAUUUGCAGAUUCGUUCAUUGAACCAGAUGAUGAAAUCAUGUCACAGGUUAAGACGGUAUUUGUUGAUGGUCUGCCUGCAUCAUGGGAUGAGGAUCGUGUCAAGGAGCAUCUCAAGAAAUUUGGGGUGAUUGAAAAGAUCGAGCUUGCACGGAAUAUGCCUUCAGCUAAGAGAAAGGAUUUUGGAUUUGUCACUUUUGACUCCCAUGAUAUGGCAGUGGCCUGUGCUGAAGGCAUUAAUAAUGCGGAGCUGGGUGAAGGAGAUCACAAGGUAAAAGUAAGGGCUAGGCUGUCACGACCCCAUCGGAUAGGUAGAUUGAAGCGUGGUGUUCGAGGGGGUGAUUUUAGGAUUGGACGAGGGGCUAUGCAAGGUGGUAGGGGAUCUUGGGGGCGUGGUGUGGCUGUUCGCAGGUUCCCUGGUCGGGGCUCCAGAGAAUUUGAAGGCCGUGGGGCAACAAUGGCUGGUCGUGGAUUCAAGAGGCCGUUUGGAUUGAGGGAUAGACGUGUGGUCAUGGCAGCACCUGAGAGAGUUAGGCAUUUCCCUCCCCCAUCAAGGUCUUAUGACAGGAGGCCUCCAAUUCCUCGUUACCCCAAGAGCAGCUCAAAGAGGGAAUAUGGAAGAUAUGAAGAGCUUCCUACCAGAAGCAGGCCUGCUGUAGACUAUGGUUCCAGAGUUGCUGCUGAGAGACGACCAUCUUAUAGAGAUGAUUAUACUCCCCGUGGAUCCAGCUACUCUGAUGUUGCUCCUCGUAGUGCUCCUCGCACUGCCUCAAGGCGGUCCUAUGUGGAUGAAGACUAUGACCCGAGGUUUGAAAGGCUUCCUGCAAGUUAUAGGGAGGGACGAGGUCGUGAUUAUGACUCCAUAUCGGGGUCAAAGCGUCCGUAUUCUGCGUUGGAUGAUGUUCCUCCACGGUAUGCUGAUACCAGCGUUCGUCAGUCAAGGGCUCGUUUGGACUAUGGGAUGAGCGGCAGUGCUUCCAUAUAUGGGGAUGCUUAUGCUGAAAGGCUUGGGAGAUCUCACCUGGGAUAUGGUAGUGGUAGGAGCUCUCUUUCUUCACAGGAACCUCAUUCUCUGUAUGGCAGUCGUCAUGGCAUGGGUUAUGGAGGUUCUGUUAGCAGCAGCGACGUUGGAAUGUACUCUACAAGCUACAGCAGUGAUUAUCUGUCUCGUGGGCCUGAUGUUGGCAGCAGCUCAUAUUCGUCACUAUAUUCUGGUCGGAGCUUGAGCGGUGGUGGUGGAUACUUGGGGAGUGGUGGUUCUGGAUCUUACUAACAGAUUCCACAUCACAGGUGGCUGGUGUAGCCUAUCAAUUGUUUGAAGCCUCUUGGAUAUGAUGCCUACCGAGCAUAGUCAGCAUCUGUUUAGUCUGAAGUAUUUGUAGGGAUGAGUUGGAGUAGAAUUACAUGGCGAGGACUCUGUGGGCUUGUUGAUUGAGGGUAGUUUUCCAGACAUGGAUCACUUUCAAGGCUUUGUUAGGAAAACUGAAUCCUUGGUUUGGAUAUUAAACAGAGAACCAUAGUGUGGUAUGUAUGCAAUGCAUAUUUAUUUCGGUACCUAUAAGAACUCUGCCGAUGGUUGGAAGUGGUUUAAUGCAUUUCAAAUCUCUACGAGUGUGCUAAAGAUGGUGGUGCUCCAUAAUGCUAUUUCAGGCCUUCUGGAUAUACUUUGUAUGGUUGAACAUCCUGGAUUGAACUUUUAUAUUACCUGCCUUUCUGAAGGGGCAUUAUUACAGUCA